CUGCAGACGUUGCGUAAAUCAGACCCUCCUAAUCGAUGAUCGACUUGUGUUGAUGUCGGCCAUUGCUGUCCUGUAGGUGUCGGCAAACUGGAACGGGACAAACAAGCUAUCUGAGAAUGUUUUUAUCUUCGGCUAUUCGUUCUGCUGUAUCGCAGACGGCAAGACAGGUGCGGAGCCUACACAGGUCCGCAGCACGUGCUGGAGCUGGGGGCAUCUUUGUGCAUAGGGACACCCCAGAUAACAACCCAGAUACUCCAUUUGAAUUUACUGAUGAGAAUAAGAAGCGGAUUGAAGCGAUUAUUUCCAUGUACCCAGAAGGACACAAGCAAGCUGCCACCAUUCCUGUGUUGGAUCUGGCCCAGAGACAGAAUGGAUGGCUCCCGAUAUCAGCAAUGAACAAGGUUGCAGAGGUUCUUGAAGUCCCUCCGAUGAGAGUGUAUGAAGUAGCAACGUUCUACACCAUGUUCCUUCGUCAACCUGUGGGAAAAUAUCACAUUCAGAUCUGUACCACAACACCCUGCAUGCUCUGUAACUCUGACAGCAUCCUGGAAGCCAUUAAAAACAAACUGGGCAUCAAGGUUGGAGAAACCACACCAGACAAGAUGUUCUCACUAAUAGAAGUGGAAUGCCUUGGUGCUUGUGUAAAUGCCCCCAUGGUCCAGAUCAAUGACAACUAUUAUGAGGACCUUAGUCCCAAGGACAUAGAGGAGAUCAUUGAUGAACUCAAAGCUGGGACCAUCCCAGCACCUGGCCCCAGGAAUGGGCGUUUCUCCUGUGAGCCAGCAGGUGGACUGACAUGCCUGACAGAACCCCCUCCAGGGCCUGGCUUUGGUGUGAGAGCAGACCUGUAAAGACUGGGGCACUCUGAUCUUACUGAACUAUGUCUAAAGUGAAAAGUAGUAAUGUGUAAAUAAAAUAUACAUGUAU